CACGUCCGCUGGGCUCCCACUCUGACGUCAGCCCGGAGCCUCCAUUUAAGGCCCCGCCCGUGCGCUGCUCCGACUGCUGGAGCCACUGUCGCCAAGUACAGGCCAUCCUGUCGAGUGCUCAACGCACACCGUCUUGCACUAGCGGUCCCAAGAGAUUCAAAAUCCAAGAUGGCAUCCCUCAAGGACCAACUGAUUGUGAAUCUUCUUAAGGAAGAUCAGCCCCCCCAGAACAAGAUAACAAUUGUUGGUGUUGGUGCUGUUGGCAUGGCUUGUGCCAUCAGUAUCUUAAUGAAGGACUUGGCAGAUGAGCUUGCUCUUAUUGACGUCAUGGAAGACAAGCUGAAGGGGGAAAUGAUGGAUCUCCAGCAUGGCAGCCUCUUCCUGAGAACACCAAAAAUUGUCUCCGGCAAAGACUACAGUGUGACUGCAAACUCCAAGCUGGUCAUCAUCACAGCGGGAGCCCGGCAGCAAGAGGGAGAGAGCCGACUCAACUUGGUCCAGAGAAACGUGAACAUCUUCAAGUUCAUCAUUCCCAACGUUGUGAAGUACAGUCCCAACUGCAAGCUGCUCAUCGUGUCCAACCCAGUGGAUAUCCUGACCUACGUGGCUUGGAAAAUAAGUGGUUUCCCCAAAAACCGAGUUAUUGGAAGUGGUUGCAAUCUGGACUCUGCUCGCUUCCGCUACCUGAUGGGAGAGAGGCUGGGCAUCCACCCGCUGAGCUGCCACGGGUGGGUCCUGGGAGAGCACGGAGACUCCAGUGUGCCCGUGUGGAGUGGCGUCAAUGUUGCCGGCGUCUCUCUGAAGACUCUGAACCCGGCCCUGGGCACCGAUGCCGACAAGGAGCAGUGGAAGGAAGUGCACAAACAGGUCGUGGACAGUGCCUACGAGGUGAUCAAGCUGAAGGGUUACACGUCUUGGGCCAUUGGCCUCUCGGUGACAGACCUGGCUGAGAGCAUCAUGAAGAAUCUUAGGCGGGUGCAUCCCAUCUCCACCAUGAUUAAGGGUCUCUAUGGGAUCCAGGAAGAUGUCUUCCUCAGUGUCCCUUGUAUCUUGGGACAAACUGGAAUCUCAGAUGUUGUGAAGGUGUCUCUGACUCCCGAGGAGGAGGCCCGGCUGAAGAAGAGUGCUGACACCCUCUGGGGGAUCCAGAAAGAGCUGCAGUUCUAAAGUCUCCCCACGUCCUAACACUUCACUGUCCAGGCUGCCACAGGGUUUCCGUGGAGACCACACUCUGUCUCCUCCUCAUCUGAGCUGUGGUUAGUGCGGUUGUGUUGAGGUGGACUGGGGGAAACCUCAGUCCCCACAGCUCUACCCCGAUGCUAAGUGGUUCUUGUGUAGUGGUACCCUGGUUAGUGUGACAGUCCCACUGUCUCCAAGACACACUGCCAAUUGUGUGCAG